AUGACAACUGAGUAUCUAAAGAGAGUUCAAUCAGCAGAUGUCUGGGAUAUAGGAAAUCCUAUUUAUCAAUAUCAACACUGUAAAGCAUGGAUGUGGUUUGGAGAAAUUAAAAGGCUUGCUAAAUCCAAACAGUCGCCUCAACCAAAGUUUUUAUUAUGUUGUAUGGAAGGAAAGAUCGAGCUUCCUCUACUUUCUGUGCCUCCUGAUGAGCUCAUUCAGCUUUAUACUGGAGGAGAUCAAAGAACUUGGGGUCAAAACUACUAUAGCAUUGGUAGCUUACUUCCUCCUGAUAGUUUGCGACCAACAUUUGUCCAACUAUAUAUCUAUGAAACAGAAAAUGAGAUUGAUAAUCGAAUAGGCACACUUCGUUCCAAUGAAGCUAUAAAUGAGCGGGAUAGGAAAAUUGUGACAAUAUUAAGAAACAUGCUAGACAAAUAUAAUAGUUUGAAAAAGAGUUUUUGCUAUGCAAGAGAUAGAUAUGUAGGAUAUCCUAGCUAUUUUAUCACCAUGACCUGUAACCCUGAAUGGGAUGAGAUAAAAAGAGAAGUGACUCCCAUUGGAUUGAAGGCAGAAGACCGUCCUGAUAUAUUAUGUCGAGUUUUCAAGAUCAAGUUUGAUGGUUUGAUUGAUGACCUAAAAGAGGAAAAAAUUUUUGGCAAAAUUUUGGGAUACGUUUGCACUGUAGAGUUUCAAAAGAAAGGGAUUUCGCAUGCACAUAUCCUUUUAUUCAUGAGUAACGAGUUCAAGCCACAAACACCAGAUGACAUAGACAAACAUAUAACAGCUGAGAUUCCUGAUGAAAAUAAAAGACCAAAUCUACAUGGAGCUUUUCAAAAUUACAUGGUACAUGGUCCAUGUGGUCCGUACAAUAAGAAUUCACCUUGCAUGAAGAAUGGAUCCUGUUCAAAGUUCUAUGCUAAAGAGUUUAGACAGCGAACACUCAUUGAUGAGGCCAGAUUUUUCAAAUAUAGGCGUACUGAUAAUGGUCGAACAAUGAAGAAAAUGGAAUGUGUACUAGACAAUAAGUUCAUUGUUUCGUAUAAUCCAGAAUUGUUGCUCAAGUUCGGGUGCCACAUAAAUGUGGAAUACACAUGCCAAACAAGUUCUAUUAAGUAUCUGUUUAAUUAUGUACACAAGGGUAAUAACCGCGUCACAGCUACUCUAUACAAUGCUGGUGAUCCGUACAUUUCGGCAUGUGAGGCAAUCUGGUGUCUAUUUGGAUACGAAAUCCAAAAGAAAGAACCAUUUGUGAUUAGACUUCCAUUCCAUUUGGAGGAUGAGCAACUUGUGGUUUAUGGUGAAACUUCUAAUGUGAAUGAUAUCGUCGAAAAAGCAAUAUCUCAUAAGUCCAUAUUUUUGGGAUGGAUCACAGCGAACAUGUCAUAUCCCUGUGCUCGAAGUCUGACUUAUGCUGAGUUUCCAACCAAGUUUGUUUGGAAGGACGAUUCUUCAAAGUGGUUUUCUCGAAAGAAAGGCUUCGCAAUUGGAAGGUUGACUUAUGUACCUGCAGAGUUAACAAUGUCAGAUGAUGAGAUUAAGCAGUUGUGCUUAGUGGAUAUAGACAAGAUCUUACAUUCCUAUGGUAAAAUCUUGAAAGACUAUCCUCCUAUGCCUUUAGCAACUAAAGUUGAUAGUUCUUUGUUAACCGAAAGGGUUAUUAGGGAAGAGCUAAACUUUAACAGGGAUGAUUUAAAGAAAAAUGCCUCAGACAUGUUAGCCAAUGCAACACCUGAGCAGAGAUAUGCAUUCGAUAAAAUUGUUACAGCUGUGUAUUGUGAUGAAGGGGUUUUUUUCUUUGUAUAUGGUCAUGGGGGUACUGAAAAAACAUUUCUUUGGAACCUUAUGUCUGCUGAGAUUCGCUCAAGGGAUGAUAUAGUGUUAAACGUUGCUUCGAGUAGUAUUGCAUCUUUACUUCUUCCCAAUGGAAGAACGGCAUACUCAAGGUUCAAAAUACCGCUGAAUAUAACUGAGGAUUCUGUAUGUAACAUCAAACCUGGUUCCCCUCAAGCAAUGUUGCUAUUGAAAGCCAAACUUAUAAUUUGGGAUGAGGCUCCAAUGGUUAGUAGGUACUAUUAUGAAGCACCUGAUAAAUGUUUGGGUGAUAUAAUGAGGUGUUCUCUAACAUAUAGCAAAGAUUUGUCCUUUGGAGGAAAAGUGAUUGUGCUCAAACUAACAAAAAACAUGAGACUCUCUGUAGGGACGACUGCUUCAGAUCAAGAUGAGACAGAGCAAUUUGGUGAGUGGUUAUUGAAAGUUGGUGAUGGUCUAAUAGGUGACAAUAUGGAUGGUGAAUCUGAGAUAUGUCUUUCAGGAGAUAUUGUUAUUCCUUCUUUGGACCAGUCAUUUGAUGAGAAUAUGGAGAGUCAACUAGAUCUCUAUGGUCCUGAAUUACUGAAUAGCAUAAAUUGCACUGGUUUGCCUCCACAUAAAUUUAUACUCAAAGUUGAUGUUCUGGUGAUGUUACUAAGAAAUAUUGACCAAUCCAGUGGUCUUUAUAAUGGUACAAGGAUACAAGUUAGGAAGCUUGAAAAUUAUGUCAUAGAAUGUGAAGUCUUAACAGGUAACAAUGUUGGUCAUAUUGCUUUGAUUCCAAGAAUGAAUAUGGUACCAACAAAUAAAACCGUCCCAGUUAGAUUCCAACGAAGACAGUUUUCCAUAAUAGUAUCGUUUGCCAUGACAAUUAAUAAGUCUCAGGGACAAAUUUUAUCUCAUGUUGGAUUGUACUUGCCCAAACCAGUUUUUACACAUGGCCAACUAUAUGGCACUUUCAAGAAUUAA